AUGGCUCGUACCAAGCAAACAGCUCGUAAGUCUACUGGUGGUAAGGCUCCCCGUAAGCAAUUGGCUACCAAGGCCGCUCGUAAGUCUGCUCCUUCUACUGGUGGUGUCAAGAAGCCUCACAGAUACAGACCUGGUACUGUCGCUCUUCGUGAAAUUCGUCGUUAUCAAAAGUCUACUGAGCUCUUGAUCCGUAAGCUCCCUUUCCAACGUCUUGUUCGUGAAAUUGCUCAAGAUUUCAAGACUGACUUGCGUUUCCAAUCCUCUGCUAUCGGCGCUCUUCAAGAAGCCUCUGAAGCCUACUUGGUUUCUCUCUUUGAAGAUACCAACUUGGCUGCUAUUCAUGCCAAGCGUGUUACCAUUCAACCCAAGGAUAUCCAAUUGGCUCGUCGUCUUCGUGGUGAACGCUCUUAA